AUGGCCGGAAGAGUGGUGAGUUUCAGAUCAUGUCUAGAUUAAUUCGGGUAUUCCGAAGGUGAAACCGUCUUCUGCACUUCUGGAAAUAUUCAAAUCAUGGCAAGGCGGUGCCAUCCGUGUAAACAGAAACGAAGGUUUUAAAACGAGACUCGACGUCAUUCUGGACCGUCCCGAAAAGAAUAAUUGUCUCUCCGGAAUAAUGAUGGAGCAGUUUGGAGAGCAUUCCGAGGUCGGCAACUCUGAUUAUUCAUCAAGAAAAAUCAGUUAACCUUUUUCAGCAGUUUUCGAGUGAUCAGAAUGCCGUAAUCGUCAUUUCGGGCGUUGGAAAGUCAUUCUGUUCUGGAGCAGAUCUCGGGCUUAUUAAAGAUGUUGGAAGUCAUGAAUGGUCCCACCGAUGUACUUUUCAAUUUCGCAGAUAUCGGACCAAGGGCUCGGAGUGCAAAUGUUCGAUUACAUGUCGUCCGUCCUCUCCACUCUCCACUCUUCUCCCGCCAUUUCCAUCGCCAAAAUCCACGGACAUGCUCUUGGGGGAGCGACUGAAAUCUGCUCUUCCGCCGACAUCCGUAUCGCCCAUUCUUCCGCCAAAAUAGCCUUUUUCCAAUCGAAAAUGGGCAUCGUUCCGUCGUGGGGUGGAGCCGAAUAUUUGGAGAAAAUAAUGGGGAGAGGACGGGCUCUCGCGGCAAUGGGACGCGCCAACGUGAUGACGGCGGAGGAAGCGAACCGUAAUGGAUUCGUGGAUUAUGUGUACGAGACGGAGGAGGAAGCCGAGGUAAUCGGGAUAAGUAGAGAGGAGAAAGAAAAUACAAUUCAGGGCUUCAUCAAGCAAGUGGCGAGCAGCGGACUCGAAGUGACGAGGGCUCAGAAAGCGAUGCUGAGAGCGGUAAAGGAGGGAGGGGAGGCUCAGAAGAAGGUGCUCGAGGCAGUUUGGACUGGGGAGACACAUCGGAAGGCACUUCAGAAGCAGUUGGAAGCUGUCGUCAAAAAGUAA